CCAAACCCUUUGCGUUAAUUUGUUGUCUUCUUCUUCCCUCGCUAUCCACUUUCUUCUCUACUCAUCUGUCCUCUCUUCGUUAAACCCUAUAACCCUAGUAUCGCUCCCUCAUCUCCAGAACGUCAUACCGUAAUCGACGUCGUUCUUCACUCUCCAAACGCACCUUACAACCAUGAACCACCAUUCUCUUCUGACAACGCCAACUCCCAACCGUCCCCUUCUCUUCCUCAACCCUUCCCCUCUCCGUUUAACCCCUCACUCUCUCCCUAAACGCCGCCGUUUCAAGGUCUCUUUCCCUCGAAACUCCGCUGCCCAAUCAUCGCCAUCCUUGUCAGCCACCACAGCAUUCUCCGAUAUUAUUGGACCUAAAGAGGAACUCCAGGGGAUUCAGCCUAUAGUCGAUAAACUCUCACCACCUGUGAGGUUAGCCACUUCAGCAAUUGUCAUUGCUGGCGCUAUUUUCGCCGGAUUUAAAUUAGGGUUCCGGUUCGGUGGCUCGAGGAAUGUCGCUAUUGGUGGCGCCGCCGUUCUGGGAGCCGCUGGUUGCGCCGUGGCGUACGGAUUGAAUUCGGCUGUUCCUGAAGUUGCGGCGAAGCGAUUACAUGAUUACGUGGCGGGCUGUGAUGACCCUACUUCGGUAAAGAAAGAGGAUAUUGAAGCAAUUGCGAACAAAUAUGGCGUGAGCAAACAAGAUGAUGUAUUCAAUGCAGAGCUUUGUGACAUAUAUUGCCGGUUUGUGACUUCAGUUCUUCCUCCAGGAAGUGAGGAUCUUAAGGGUGAUGAAGUGGACAAAAUUGUUAAAUUUAAAAGUGCUUUGGGUAUUGAUGAUCCAGAUGCGGCUGCGAUGCACAUGGAGAUCGGUAGGCGAAUUUUUAGGCAAAGGCUUGAAGUUGGAGACCGUGAUGGUGAUAUUGAACAGCGUCGGGCAUUUCAGAAGCUCAUUUAUGUUUCAACACUUGUUUUUGGGGAAGCAUCAUCAUUUCUUUUGCCUUGGAAGCGUGUUUUUAAGGUCACUGAUUCCCAGAUUGAGAUUGCUGUUCGUGAGAAUGCCAAACGGUUGUAUGGUUCUAAGCUAAAAUCAGUUGGCAGAGAUGUUGGCGUGGAACAACUUGUGAGCCUUAGAGAAGCACAGCUUCUGUACCGUCUUUCUGAUGAUCUUGCUGAAGAUUUGUUUAGGGAGCAUACACGAAAGUUGGCUGAGGAAACUAUUGUGGUGGCACUCAAUAUACUGAAAUCCAGGGCAAGAACAAUCAAGGGAGCUGCACAAGUUGUGGAAGAGCUUGAUAAGGUAUUGGCAUUUAAUAACUUGCUGAUUUCUUUAAAGGAUCAUCCUGAUGCAGAUCGCUUUGCCCGUGGCACCAGUCCUGUGUCUUUAAUAGGUGGUGAGUUUGACAGUGAUAGAAAGAUGGAUGAUUUGAAGCUCCUUUACAGAGCAUAUGUCACAAAUGCUUUAUCUAGUGGCCGCAUGGAAGAAAAUAAGAUUGCUGCAUUGAGUCAAUUGAGGAAUAUAUUUGGUUUGGGUAAAAGAGAGGCAGAUGCUAUUACACUUGAUGUCACCUCAAAGGCAUAUCGUAAAAGACUUAGUGAUGCUGUUUCUAGUGGUGAUUUGGGAGCAGCUGAUAGCAAAGCAGCUUUUCUUCAAAAUCUCUGUGCUGAAUUGCACUUUGAUCCAGAGAAGGCCAGUGAGAUUCAUGAAGAAAUCUACAGGCAAAAGCUUCAGCAAUGUGUAGCUGAUGGAGAGCUAGAUGAUAAUGAUGCUGCUGCUUUGCUGAGGUUAAGAGUCAUGCUAUGCAUUCCCCAAAAAACUAUUGAAGCAGCUCAUGAAGAUAUUUGUGGCAGUUUGUUUGCAAAGGUUGUCGAGGAUGCGAUUGCCUCUGGUGUUGAUGGGUAUGAUGCUGAUGUUAAGAAAGCUGUAAGAAAGGCUGCACAUGGCUUGCGGCUAACAAGGGAGGCUGCCAUGGCUAUUGCUAGCAAAGCUGUUCGAAGGAUUUUCAUGAACUAUAUCAAACGAUCACGGGCAGCUGAGAACCGUACUGAAUCUGCGAGGGAGCUUAAGAAGAUGAUAGCUUUCAACACUUUGGUUGUGACAGAAUUGGUGGCAGAUAUUAAAGGAGAAGUUUCUGAUACUUCACAAGAACCUAUUAAAGAGGAGGAAAAACAAAUUGAUAAGGAAGAGGAAGAGGAAGAGGAAGAAUGGCAGUCCCUUCAGACACUUAGGAAGAUUAGACCUAGCACGGAACUUUCGGAAAAGUUAGGGAAGCCUGGACAGACAGAAAUAACUCUAAAAGAUGACCUACCUGAUAGAGACCGAACUGAUCUUUACAAGACGUACUUGCUUUAUUGUCUGACAGGAGAAGUCACAAGGAUUCCGUUUGGUGCUGAGAUCACUACAAAGAAGGAUGACUCAGAGUAUGUUCUGCUAAAUCAGCUUGGUGGGAUUCUUGGUUUGACUGCCCAGGAGAUUGUAGAUGUUCACAGGGGCCUGGCUGAGCAAGCUUUUAGGCAGCAGGCUGAGGUGAUUUUAGCUGAUGGACAAUUGACUAAGGCCAGGGUUGAGCAGCUCAAUGAGGUGCAGAAGCAAGUUGGCUUGCCUUCAGAAUAUGCUCUAAAAAUAAUAAAAAAUAUAACUACUACAAAAAUGGCUGCUGCAAUUGAAACAGCUGUUGGUCAGGGGAGACUAAAUAUAAAGCAGAUAAGGGAACUGAAGGAAGCAAAUGUUGAUCUAGAGAGCAUGAUCUCUGAGAGCUUGCGAGAGAACCUCUUCAAGAAGACUGUGGAUGACAUCUUCUCAUCAGGCACUGGAGAGUUUGAUGAGGAAGAAGUUUAUGAUAAAAUCCCUGCAGACCUUAAAAUUAAUGCUGAGAAGGCUAAAGAGGUUGUCUGUCAGCUUGCACAAAGUAGAUUAUCAAACUCCCUAAUUCAGGCUGUGUCACUGCUAAGACAGAGAAAUCGACAAGGAGUGGUUUCAUCCCUAAACGACUUGCUGGCUUGUGACAAAGCUGUUCCAGCUGAACCGUUGUCUUGGGAUGUGUCAAACGAGCUAGCAGAUCUGUUCGGUUUAUACAUGAAGAGUGACCCAGCACCAGAGAAACUGUCUCGCUUGCAGUAUCUUCUGGGCAUAAGUGAUUCAACAGCUGCUGCUCUCCGAGAAAUGGGAGACUCGUUCCUCUCUACUGAAGCUGAGGAGGAAAACUUUGUAUUUUGAUGGUGUUAUGAAACAGUUGUUAGGCAGACUGAUGGGGUAACUAGUCCUCUAGUUGGCUUAUUUUUAUGUUGAGAUUUUAGUUGAGAUGGAAAAAUUGGUGUAUGAUUCUUAGAGACCUAUUGUUAAUAAUGCAACAUGAAAUUUUGAAUAGUAA